UCAACAGACACUCAACGCACUCCAAACACUCGAGAUUGCGCGUAGAUUUCCUAGCGUAAGCUCUCAUUAACACUGUCUACAGCUCAGCAUGGCACAAAAAUGCGUUCACCAGUCGUGUGGGAAGAUGUUUACAGAUCCAGAGGAGGAGUGCAAUUACCACCCAGGCCCUCCAAUUUUCCAUGAAGGACAGAAGGGCUGGAAAUGCUGCAAGCCUCGCGUCCUAACCUUCGACGAAUUCCUCUCCAUCACACCCUGCACAACUGGCAAGCACAGCACAACCGACCUCCCCCCGACGAUCGAAAAGAAGCAAGGCGAAGCUGUAGAAAUCUCUGCAGAAGUAUCCCAACCCCCCUCCCCAGCUCCAGCAGCUCCCCGCGCCCCAGUCGCAGCUCCAGCUCCCCAAGCCCCUCCUACCCCACUACCACCCCCACCAGAGUCCGAGGACGACGAACCCAGCUUGGAGAUCCCCAAGGGCAAGAUAUGCAGACGGAAGGCGUGCGGCUUCCAGUAUGAGGGCGCGGAGAGGGAGGGCGAGAAGUGCGUGUUUCAUCCUGGGGUGCCGAUCUUUCAUGAGGGCAGUAAGGGCUAUACGUGUUGCAAGCGGAGGGUUCUGGAGUUCGAUGAGUUUAUGAAGAUUGAGGGGUGUCAGACGAAGGAGCGACAUAUGUUUGUAGGAAGUGGUAAGAAGAAGGGCGGGAAUUCUGCGGGAGAGGAGGUCUUGGAGACAGUGAGACACGACUUCUACCAAACAGCAACCACGGUAAUCGCCUCCUUCUUCCUAAAGAAAAUCAACAAAGACACCGCCAAGGUCGAGUUCCUCCCAAACGAAAUAUCCCUCGACCUCAUCACAACCGACACCCCACCAAAACGCUACAAAACCACAGUCCCCCUCUUCGGACCAAUCGACACCGCGGCCUCCACAUUCAAGAUCAUGGGCACGAAGCUGGAGGUGACCUUUGUCAAGGCGGACGGUAGUUCGUGGCCCGUCCUGAGAAGUGAUGAGCAGCGAACGGGAGAGAUUAUCCAGGUUGGAAGGGCUGGUAGAGCGAUAUGAUUGAUAUGAUCCUCCCUCCCCAUUACCGUUGAUGUAUAUAUGAGACCUAUGAAGAGAAGAGAAGCGACAUGGCUGAGUAUCCUUGCUUGAGCGAAACUUAGAGGAGUGGAAAUAAAAAUAAAGAA